AUGAUUCAUGAACGGGAUGAGAACAAAGUCGGAAGGAGCGGGAUAGAGGGAGUCAAGGCAUGAGAGCAUCGUCGUCUGCCACGAGCACUCACCCGGAAAUUCACGAAGUCCAAUCCCAGUCCCUUUUUCUGCGCAGUCCUCUCUUUUUCUUAGUAGCGCUUGGCGUUUUGUUUCCCCUUUCAUUCUAUCUUUUUUUCCCCCUUUUUAUCCAAAGCCGUCGUUUUCUCUAGCUCCUUACUGUCUAUCAUUCACUUCCCCCCUCUCUUCUCCAAGAAAAAAAUAUCUUCCUAAAUUGCUCAGAGUUACUUCUGAAGUCGCCUUCAUUUUCUUUCGCUGUCACUUUGGUGCUGAUCUCCGACUCCGCGGAAGAGGCCACGCCGGUUAAGUGGAUAGAAAUGGGAAUAUAUCUUAGCAGUCCCAAAACUGAGAAGUUUUCUGAAGAUGGUGAGAACAACUAUCUUAGAUAUGGUUUAUCAUCCAUGCAAGGUUGGCGUGCAACAAUGGAAGAUGCUCAUGCUGCUUAUCCAGAUCUUGAUGCGUCCACUUCGUUUUUUGGUGUUUAUGAUGGUCAUGGAGGUAAGGUGGUUGCUAAGUUUUGUGCUAAGUAUCUUCACCAACAGGUGCUCAAAAGUGAAGCAUAUACAGCUGGAGAUAUAGGAACCUCUCUUCAGAAAGCUUUUUUCAGAAUGGAUGAGAUGAUGCGUGGUCAGAGGGGAUGGAGGGAAUUAGCUGUCUUAGGUGAUAAGAUAAACAAGUUUACUGGGAUGAUAGAAGGAUUGAUUUGGUCUCCACGAAGCAGUGAUGGUACUGACCAGGUUGAUGAUUGGGCCUUUGAGGAGGGACCUCAUUCUGAUUUUGCUGGACCUACUUCAGGAAGCACUGCCUGUGUUGCAGUAAUUAGAAACAACCUACUUCUUGUUGCAAAUGCUGGGGAUUCAAGAUGUGUGAUAUCUAGGAAGGGUCAGGCAUAUAAUUUAUCUAGAGACCACAAACCUGAUCUUGAGAUUGAGAAGGAAAGAAUCUUAAAAGCUGGCGGUUUUAUUCAUGCGGGGCGAGUUAAUGGCAGUUUAAAUCUUGCAAGAGCUAUAGGUGACAUGGAAUUUAAACAGAAUAAAUUUCUGCCCGCUGAUAAACAAAUUGUGACUGCCAAUCCUGAUAUAAACACUGUGGAGCUUUGUGAUGAAGAUGAGUUUCUAGUGCUAGCAUGUGACGGAAUAUGGGAUUGCUUAUCCAGCCAGCAAUUGGUAGAUUAUGUGCAUGAACAGUUGCUGUCGGAAACGAAACUCUCAACCGUAUGUGAGAGAGUACUUGAUCGGUGUUUGGCACCAUCAACUGUUGGAGGCGAGGGAUGUGAUAACAUGACAAUGAUCCUGGUGCAAUUCAAGAAACCCACCCGGUCCACUGAAGUAGCAGCAGAGCAAUCCACUUCAAACGAACAAAUUGAAUCAAUCUGAACCAAAACCAAAGAAAAGCCAAAUUUAAUGGGCCUUUUGGGUGCAGCUGUUCAUAAGGGUUAUAUAUACACUGUGGACCACUGGUUUGAAUAUGUCCGGAUGGUCAUGGUCCUUUUUUCAGCUACCUUUACCUUUACCUACAAUAUUCUGAAUCAUAAGAAAAAUAUUGCUUUAUUUCGCCCUUUCAA